GCGGCGCGGAGUGUGCAGGGCGCCUGCAGCCGGGCCCCGGCCCCCGGGGCGCCGCCUCCGCCCGCGGCUUCUGCACGGCUGGCCUGCCGCUUCUCCUGCUAUGAUGCCCGGGCAGAUUCCCGACCCUUCCGUGACCGCGGGCUCUCUGCCAGGGCUCGGCCCCCUGACCGGACUGCCUGGCUCGGCUCUGACCGUGGAGGAGCUGAAAUACGCCGACAUCCGCAACAUCGGGGCCAUGAUCGCGCCCUUGCACUUCCUGGAGGUGAAACUGGGCAAGAGGCCCCAACCUGUGAAAAGUGAGCUAGACGAGGAAGAGGAGCGGAGGAAAAGGCGCCGGGAGAAGAACAAAGUGGCGGCGGCCCGGUGCCGGAACAAGAAGAAGGAGCGCACAGAGUUCCUGCAGCGGGAGUCCGAGCGGCUGGAGCUCAUGAACGCGGAGCUGAAGACGCAGAUCGAGGAGCUGAAGCAGGAGCGGCAGCAGCUGAUCCUCAUGCUGAACCGGCACCGCCCCACCUGCAUCGUCCGCACCGACAGCGUCAAGACCCCCGAGGCCGACGGCCACCCGCUGCUGGAGCAGCUGGAGAAGAAGUGACCUGGGCUGGGCCGAGGAGAGGCGGAGGCGGAGGCGGCGGAGGAGGAGAGACUCGGAGAGAGGAGGAAGGGGCCCAGAGGGCCCUUGCUUGGUGCAUGGAAACCCGUACGAGGCUCAGCAAGCCAGCAGCGGUCGGGCUUUUUGGGGACACUCAGAUCGGCUCCACGGGGGGCAGAAGCGGGCUGAGGAAGCCCAGAGGCACCAAGGGCUGAGACCAAAGUCGACCCGCGGGCAGGGCUGUCCCGGCCCGGAAUCUCGCUCGGAGGAGGCAGGACGGAGGGGUCUGGGCCACAGAGACCCCCGAGCUGGGCAGCCUCGGGCCCGUGGCCGGCCUCUCCUCCAGGACACCCACCCGAGGGACCUCCGAGCAGCCAGGAGUUGCAACCAAAAUGCGGCCAAGGAUGGAACUCAGAGGGAACCCGUGAGCCAGCUGCCCCCAGCCCCGCCGUGGGGCCGCAGCCUCCCGGCCCAGCUGGAGUUUGCUGUGGGCGUGGCGGCGCGGGCGCCCCCUCCAAAGCACAUACUCACUGAAUGUUUACAGACUGGCUGUCCUGGUAGGGCUUCCAAAUGCACAUUUUUUUUAUACUUUCUUUUUUUUUUUAAUAUUUUUUACAAAAAAAAGAUUUUAUACAAGCAAUAUAUAUAUGGAUUUCUAUAAUCACUCGAUGUGAUACAGUAUAAAUAUGCUAUGGUUUGUUUGUUAUGAACAGACACCCACCAGUUAUGGCCGUUGUGUGUAACUCCUAAGUACUGUAGUCUCGGGGUGUCGGGGUGGCCAGGGCGGGGGUGGGGUGUGUUUCCAUCCUUCAGAGCCUUCAUAGUACUCAGUAAACAU